CCGGCGCCGGCUCUUGCGGCCGAGCAGGGUUGCGGCGUGGGAAAGAGCCGCGAGGAGCAGACCGCGCCGCCGCCGGAGCCGCGCCUGCCAAGGCCUGGGAGGGAGGGAGGGAAGGAGGAGGCCGGCGGGGAGGGUGCUGCGCCCCGCGCGGCGUCCUUGGUUUCGGCCCGGCUGCGCCCCGCGCCGGCUUGGCCGCGAUGAAGCGCCCUUGCGAGGAGACGACCUCCGAGAGCGACAUGGACGAGACCAUCGACGUGGGGAGCGAGAACAAUUACUCGGGGCAAAGUACUAGCUCUGUGAUUAGAUCGAAUUCUCCAACAACAACAUCUCAGAUUAUGGCAAGAAAGAAAAGGAGAGGGAUUAUAGAGAAAAGGCGUCGGGAUCGGAUAAAUAACAGUUUAUCUGAGUUAAGACGACUGGUACCCACUGCUUUUGAAAAACAAGGAUCUGCGAAGUUAGAAAAAGCUGAAAUAUUGCAAAUGACAGUGGAUCAUUUGAAGAUGCUUCAGGCAACAGGGGGUAAAGGCUACUUUGAUGCACAUGCUCUUGCCAUGGACUUCAUGAGCAUUGGAUUCCGAGAGUGCUUAACUGAAGUGGCGAGGUACCUGAGUUCCGUGGAAGGCCUGGACUCCUCCGAUCCACUGAGGGUGCGACUGGUUUCUCAUCUCAGCACGUGUGCUUCCCAGCGGGAGGCGGCGGCAAUGACGUCCUCCAUGGCCCACCACCAUCACCCCCUCCAUCCACAUCACUGGGCGGCGGCCUUCCACCAUCUGCCCGCAGCCUUGCUCCAACCCAAUGGACUCCACACCUCGGAGUCAACCCCUUGUCGCCUCUCCACGACUUCAGAAGUGCCUCCUGCCCAUGGCUCUGCGCUCCUCACGGCCACGUUUGCCCACGCAGAUUCUGCCCUCCGAAUGCCAUCCACGGGCAGUGUUGCCCCUUGCGUGCCACCUCUCUCCACCUCUCUCUUGUCCCUCUCUGCCACCGUCCAUGCUGCAGCCGCAGCAGCCACCGCAGCCGCACACAGCUUCCCUCUGUCCUUCGCAGGAGCGUUCCCCAUGCUCCCCCCCAACGCAGCUGCAGCAGUGGCAGCAGCAACAGCCAUCAGCCCGCCCUUAUCGGUAUCAGCCACGUCCAGUCCUCAGCAGACAAGCGGUGGAACAAACAGUAAACCUUACCGACCCUGGGGGACAGAAGUUGGAGCUUUUUAAAUUUUCCUUGAACUUCUUGCAAUAUUAACUGAAUGCCCUUCAUUUCAGAGUCAGCUUAAAACCUCUGCACCCUGAAGGUAGCCAUACAGAUGCCUACAGAUCCACAAAGGAACAAUAAAGUUAUUUGAGACACAAA